CAAAUAUUUAAUAGCGCCCCCGCUGUGCUGCCCGCUCUAAAUGAAUUUCCCCCCUGGACAAACGAGAGAAAUCUAAUCAGCUGAAUUACAAUUAAGUAGUUGAACUAGCGAAUUGACUGCGACGCAUUUACUGCGGCAAGUUCUUUAGUCUUUUGGCAGCGGGCAGGCGGAAGGUUCACAAAAACCAAAUCCAAAUCAAAUCCGCGGACAGACAGAUAUAGACCGGCGAUGAGUACUGAUAAGAACGAUGAUAUCUUGCGGCCACUUAGCGAUAGCGAAGUGGACGAACUGCUCGAUCUAUACAAAGUUAAGUUCGGGGUUAAGAACUUCCACUACCUAUUGGUCUACAACCAGCGAAAGUGGGACCGCCAGCUGAGCGAGGCUCAGAUACCGCGCGAUGAUCUGAACCACAUAUCUCUGAGGAAGCAGUUCUACACCCAUCGAAGGGGAAACUUCCGGAAGUGGGGCACCUAUGUGAGCCUUCAUCGGGACAUCGUGCAGAGCGUCUCCUUUUUCAGCUGGCAGCCAGAUGGAGGUGCGGAGCUGUGGGAAUGCCUGGAGCAAACGCAGCUCAUCGAGUGGACACAGGGAGCCCUGCUGACCAACGUUGAUCUGGGAUUUUGUGAUCGGGUCAAAGAGUUGGCCGUCCGCCGCGGAGUCACCUCCAUUCAACCUCGCCAGUGCUUCGGGAUGGUUUUGUCGCACGAGGAUGCCUUAUGUGCAGAAGUUCCAGAGCUGCUCUCCGAGUUCGACAUCCGGCGAUUGAGGGACGAGGAUGCAGCCAUGGUGCACGAUUCCUGGCCUAACAAGGGUGAAGGCUCACUUACUUAUCUCCGGGCGCUCGUCCGAUUCAACAAAUCCUUGGGCAUCUGUCGAAGCGACACUGGGGAACUGAUUGCCUGGAUCUUCCAGAACGACUUUUCCGGACUGGGCAUGCUGCAAGUGCUGCCCAAGGCGGAGCGUAGAGGACUAGGUGGCCUCCUGGCCGCUGCGAUGACCCGAAGAAUUGCUCGGGGCGAGGUGAUCACCCUAACGGCCUGGAUUGUCGCUACUAACUGGCGGUCGGAGGCGCUGCUCAAGCGGAUCGGGUACCGGAAGGAGCUGGUCAAUGAGUGGAUUAAGUUGGUACCGAAUUUUUCAUAGACGCACCAGUCGGCA